AUGGCAGACCUCAGAUUCAAUAACUGUUCUUUCUUUUUGGUGUUAUUUGCAAGCCUUCUAGUGGCAACAAGCUGUCGUAGUCACUCUCGUAAUGCUUUAUUUAUUUUUGGUGGUUCAUGGAAUGAUGUUGGAAAUAACAACUAUAUGGAAACUGCAAUCAAAGCAAACUUUUUGCCAUACGGGGAAACCUUCUUUAAGAACGCAACAGGAAGGGCUUCUAACGGUCGAUUAGUCCCAGAUUUUAUUGCCGGGUUUGCCAAGUUACCAUUAAUUCCACCAUAUCUAAGUCCUGGUAACAAUGAGUUCACAACUGGAUUGAAUUUUGCAUCAGCCGGAGCUGGUGCUCUGACUGAAACUAAUGUAGGAAUGACCAUAGGCCUUAAAACUCAGCUAAGUUUUUUCAAGUAUACGAAGAAGCACUUGAACGUCAAACUUGGUGAAGCAAAAACGAAGACGUUGCUGUCUAGAGCUCUUUAUAUGUUUAGCAUAGGAAGCAGUGAUUACAUAACAUUUGCCACCCACAAGACCACCGAGCACCCGUCCUACACAAGGGAAGAGUAUGUCAAGACGGUUAUCGGCAACCUGACAGAUGCGAUCCAGGAAAUUCAUAACAUGGGAGGAAGGAAAUUUGGAUUUUCCAAUUUGGGUGAUGUGGGCUGUUCUCCAUUCCUGAGAGCACUUAAUGAGGCCAAGAACAUUAACGGAUCAGGAUGCAUGGAUGAAGUUACGGUGCUUGCAGAACUCCAUAAUAAAGCACUGGCUAAAGCCCUCAAAAAACUUGAGAGAAAGCUCGAAGGAUUCAAGUAUUCCAAUUUUGAUCUCUUCGCAGCUUCGAAGGAAAGAAUUGACAACCCCUCGAAAUACGGUUUCAAGGAGGGUAAGGUGGCAUGUUGUGGUACGGGUCCAUACAAAGGAAACCUUACUGGUUGCUGCCCAAAAACAGUAUGUGAUAAUGUCAACGACUACUUGUUUUUCGAUGGGGUUCAUCCAACAGAAAAGGCCAACUACCAAUUUGCAAAGCUAAUGUGGAGUGGAAGAGCCGAUAAAGUGAAGCCUUACAAUCUUAAAACACUACUUAAGAAAAUAUAG